AUGAAUAAUAGUCCGGUAUAUCUGAGGCAACUUCAGGGCGGAUUCCUAUUUGCAGAAUUUGUCACAGAUAUCAAGAUUGUAUUGUUAGCCCUCCUCUUUAAAAAUUUUUAUCUUGGGAAGCACGCCACGAAUAAUUCCGUCGUUUUCGGAGUUGUCCCAACAAAGGCCAAGGUCGCUUAUCAUUGUCCAACUGCCAGAUCGUAG